AGGAGAUGGUGGAGCAUUUAUCAGAGGAGCCCCAAGUUGGUGCUGACUCCGCCCCCAGGCACCCUCCCAAGAGGCCCCUGGUCCGGGGCCGGGGGCCUGUCAGCAGCAUCUUUCGCAGUGCCUUGACCAGCAUCCUGAAGACACCGGCCCUACAGACCCGGCGAGAGCCGAAGAGGAGUGAGGAGCCACAGCCAGACUGGGGGGAGGCGGAGCACCAGGGUUCGAUGGCACCGACCACCAGCCACUCACCCUCAACGCCGCCAAGGUCACAGGCCCCAACCCGGGAGGUCCUUGAGAGGGCGGAGGAGUUGGAUCCCGAAACUGAGGCAGCAUCAACAGGCCAGGUAGCUGAAACCGCAGAGGAGAAGUAUCGUCUGCUAGAGCAGCGGGACAAGAUCCUGCGACAGGCUCGGCCCAAGAGGACCGACCUGGAUCUGUCCAAGGUGUUUGUGGGUACGUGUCCUGACAUGUGUCCGGAGAAGGAGCGUUACAUGAGGGAGACCCGGAACCAACUGAGCUCUUUUGAGGUCAUCCCCAACACGGAGAAGGUGGACCACACUGCUGCCAUUAAGGAGUACAGCAGGUCCUCUGCUGACCAGGAGGAGCCCCUCCCCCAUGAACUGCGGCCCCUUACUGUGCUGAACAUGACCAUGAACUACCUGGUUACCCAGGUCAUGGACCAGGGUGAGGACAACUACCGUGACUGGUAUGACUUUGUGUGGAACCGCACACGAGGUAUCCGGAAGGAUAUCACUCAGCAGCACCUGUGCGACCCGCUUACGGUGUCCCUUAUUGAAAAGUGCGCCCGCUUCCACAUCCACUGCGCACACCACCUGUGCCAGGAGCCCAUGAUGUCCUUUGAUGCUAAGAUCAACAAUGAAAACCUGACCAAAUGCCUGCAGAGCCUCAAGGAGAUGUACCAGGACCUGGCCAGCAAGAACAUCUACUGCCCUCAUGAGGCAGAGUUUCGGCAGUACAGCGUGCUCCUGAAGCUCAAUGAUGGAGACAUCCUCCGGGAGGUGCAGCAAUUCCGGGCGGAGCUCCGAAACUCUCCGGAGGUGAAGUUUGCCGUCCAGGCCUUUGCCGCUGUCAACAGCAACAACUUCGUGAGGUUCUUCAAGCUGGUCAAGGUGGCCUCGUAUCUGGCUGGUUGCAUCUUGCACCGCUACUUCGACCAGGUGCGCCGUGAGGCUCUGCGGGCCCUGAAUGUGGCCUACAGCUCCCGUGGUUCCACCACAUUCCCGGUCGAAGACCUGGUCCGGAUGCUCAUGUUCCAGAAUGCCGGCGAGGCUUCGGACCUCGCGCUGCAGUAUGGGCUCGCGGUCGAUGCAGGCAUGGUGGAGCUAAGCCGGACAGCGUACCAGGAGCCUGAGAUCCAGCCACGUCCAAAGCGCUCUGUGGCCAUCGCAAGGAAGCGGGAGGUGCUGGUGGGCCAAGUGGUCAACGGCGCGCCACUGCCCAACCCACCCCAACACACACCCGUCAACAGCUUUGACAGCCGCAACAAGUACCGUGCCAUGCUGGAGGAGGUAGUGCAGGCCGAGGUGGCUGACGUGGCUGCCACCGAAGCCGAGUACAUCUCUGCUGCACUCAGCAUGUGCAACGGCCAGGUGGAGGCAGUGCUGAGUGAGGUGGUGGAGCAGAUGCUGCGGGAGGUUUCUGCUGCCGAGAUCCAGGCAGAGAGGGAGCAUAUCGCUGAGGAGAAGCGCAGGAUGGAGGAAGCCAGGAGAAAGCAGGAACACGAGGAGCUCCUGGCCCGGCUCAGCAAGACACUGUGUGCCGAGAUCACACAGGAGGUGCUGCGCGACUGCAUCGUGGAGACUGCCUCAACAGAUGUGGUGGCCGUGCGCAGGCAGCUGAAGCGACAGAUGCGUGAUUUUCCUGCUGCCCCUGGCUGUGUGGACCCCCGCUUCAGGCUGCAGGCCUUGGCCCCCAGUGCCCCCCCCUCACCCUGCCUGGACAGGCUGGCCCGGGGCGUGGUCAACCUGGGGCACGCUGGGGACCUCUCUGUUUCCUGCACCAGGUUGGCGAAGAUGCGAAGGGAAACCGAGCAUCAGAUGAAGGUUCACUUGUUCUACCAGCAGGACAUCUUCCUGUUAUCCGCCCUGCUGCAACUCCGGCAGAUCCAGCAGGCUAAUGCCUGGCCACAGGCCCUUCCUCUGGUGGUGGUGGUCCCAGGGCAGGCUGGGCACAGGGCCAGCGAUGAACGGCUAGAGGAAGACCUGAUGCUUCAGACACUCAUUGAGGAAGGUUUGAUUUCAGAGUACAUGUUCGUCCAUAUCCCCGAGACCACGAACGAACCCCAAGGAUCCGAGCAGAUCCGCCAUGCCGUCAGGUGGCUCGCUGCCCGCUCCACGGCACCAGCCCGGCUCGUCUCGCAGACGUUGGUGCAGGUUGUGGAGGCCGGGCUCUGCCGCGAGUUUGCUGGUAGGCUUCACCGUGAUCGGAGGGACCGUGACAUGGCGGGACUGCCCUCCCAGGGCCCUGCACCCGUCAUCGGCCUCUACAACACUGUCCUGGCUUUCUUGGCUGGCCUUGUGUCGUCCCCGAGUCUGGCUGGCCUCUCCUGGCCCGUGGCAGAGUUCUCGGUGCCAGGGGGUGGUGACUGCCUACCACAUCUGCUCUGGAACUCGGCUGAGCACCUGGAGUGGCUCCAGGGGGCAGUCCUGAGCCUGCGGCUGCCCGACUGGCCGCUGCCAGCCGUGGGGGCUCCUUGGAGCCAGCUGGUUGCCUCCAUCUUCCAGUACGUAUCUCAAAUCCCAUGGUCCCGCCACAGCCAGCCACUCCUUAUGUCCCAGUUGGAGAACCUUUUGGAGAGGCUGCGUCAGGACUGUGUGGGCCGAGGUGGGGGGCCGGACAAGGAGCCCACUUUCUGGGAGGUGCCCUGGGACGAAAUUGUCAUGCUCUGUGUAGAGCACCAACUCCGGGACUGGAACCCUCCUGGGUGCCCCGUGAGUGAAGAUGUCAUCAGUGACGACGGAGAAAUCUCGGUG